AUGCUGCAGGGCCAGGCGCCGCCGGCCUUGCCGUCUCCGGCGAGGCUCGGCCUGACGAACCCUAAUUCCCCUUCCCUCGCCCAAAACCCUUCCUCGAACCCCAGCCCAGGGCCCAACCCCAAUGUCGUCCCCAACCCUAAUCCCCGGCCGUCGGCCAGCUCCGCCGUCGCCUCCAGACGCGCCGCCCACCGGCUUUCCCCAUCAACGUCCACUCUCCUUCCCCUCCUCCCUCCACUCUCCCGCGCGCAAUCCCUCCUCCUGCAGAUGUCAGCCCUCGCUACGAAGCUCUUCGAGGUGUCCCCUAAUCGUGCCAUGUGGAUCACCUCCUUCCGCGGCGGAUUACCUUCCUUUCUUUCUUCCACCGCCGGGGCCGUCGCCACCUCCGCGGACCUCCCGCCUGUGUCUUCCACGAAGGAAGUCAUCUCCCUCUUCACGUCCUUGCAGACUCAGCUCUUCGAGGCUGUGGCCGAGCUUCAGGAGAUCGUAAACCUCCAGCAGUCCAGAGUGAAGGUCUCCGAGGAGAUUAAUUCCAGGGAUGCCUCCCUAUUAUCGUUCGCCAAGAAGGUAAGGGAGGCUGAGCUCAUUCUCGAUCAGAUCGCCGAGGACUACUCCGACUACCGCAGGAACCCUAAGCGCUCGAAAGAGGACGAAGCUUCAGAGAGAGAACCUCCGUCGGAUUUUUAUUCUUCCCUGAACUUAACCGAUAUCUUGUCCUACGCCCACAAAAUCAGCUACACGACAUUCGCUCCGCCGGAGUUUGGAGCUGGGCAAGCCCCACUCCGGGGGGCACUCCCACCAGCCCCACAGGACGAGCAGAUGCGAGCUUCUCAACUCUACCACUUUGCCGACCUCGAUAUUGGCGUGCCGAAGAGAGCGCCGGAAUCGAAGGAGAGAGAUGGUGUUACCCUUGUCGAGCCAAUGAAGGAACCGACGCCGCCGAGGGAGGAGCCAGCGGCGGCACUGCCCGGCAUGAUGCUGCCCAUCAAUGUGCCUCCAGGAUGGAAGAAGGGCAUGCCGAUCGAGCUCCCUAUUGGCUUUCCACCGAUACCCCCUGGCUGGAAGCCUGGGGAUCCUAUCCCGUUGCCUCCAUUGAAUGAACUCAUAGGUGCUGCUCGGGUUGAGGAACAGAGGGUGGUUCCUCCAGCAUUAUCUGCUGCGCAAAUGCCCCCUGCAAGGGCUCCAGAGGUUAUACAGGUUAAGCGUGUCCAGCUGGAUAUUAAUCCCGAUGAAGAUGAGUAUAGCAGUGAGUACAGCAGCGAAGUGGGCAGCUCUGAUGAGGAUGACGAGGACUGA